AACGCCAGUAACCACUUGACAGGACUCACUCCACGCUACUAUUUCACAAACAAACCUCACCAACCUCAAUCCAAAUGUUAAUUUUCGAAACCGUGUCCGAAUCCUGACCGAUAGCCCACAGAUAUGACAUCAUCCCCGACACCAUCCUUAUCAUUGAUACCGUCAGCGUCUCGACCACCCGGCCCCACAGGCUCGGGUUCCCGAACCUUAGCUAUGGCACAAUCAAUGGGCCUAGUUCGGUCCCGUUCUUUGCAGAAUCGAAGUUGUCCAAAACCAAGCUUACUACCGCGUUCUUCACCAGUAAUGUCCAAUGGUUUUGCUGGCUUUUCUUUUCUCAUUGUAAUCGAUUUUGAAUCCACAUGUUGGGCCGAGAAAGGUCCGGGUUGCUUUCCACCAGAGAUCAUCGAGUUUCCUGCCGUUCUUUUGGACACCCAAACCGGCCACAUUCUCGACGAGUUCCAUUCGUAUGUAUUGCCCACGGAAACGCCCCAAUUGAGCGAGUUUUGCACCCAACUUACUGGUAUCAGGCAAGAUCAAGUAGACACCCAAGGCGUUCCUCUACCCACUUGUUUGUAUUUAUUUGCCCAAUGGAUGAGAAAGAUCCAAACCCAUUGGAACAUAGUCUUGCACGAAACGCGUUUGGGUUUUCGAUCGACUACAUUCGUCACAUGGUCAGAUUGGGAUUUCCUCGUGUGCCUUAACUCUGAAUGUAGACGCAAACGAAUAACCAAGCCGGACAUGUUCAACGCAUGGGUGGACCUCCGUUUCAUUUACACCAAAUUCUACGCGCGGAAGCCCAAGGGACUUCAAGGGGCCUUGCAAGAUGUGGGCCCUCAGUUUGAGGGACGAGAGCAUUCGGGGCUCUGUGAUGCUCGAAACACGGCUAAAUUGGCUUGGCAUCUCAUUCAGGAUGGUUGUCCAAUCGGACUGACCAAAGUGUUGGGCGGCACUCGCGUGUCUGAUGCUCUUCGGUAUCAGCAUGUGACUUCAAAGCCACCAAAUCAGUGAUUUGAAGCGAGUGACUGUUGAAGACAGACAAGAAAGUGACGCCAAGCGGAAACAGGGCCCUCUAAUGAGCCGAAAGCAAUCUGGGAGAUCUAAAUCGCACGUGGCUUGAUCUCUUCCAGAGGAACAGAUGCUCUUCAGAGUGCCCUCAAGUCAUUUCUCAGUACUCAAUCCUGGAUUUGACGAGCUUGGAUAGCCAAAUUUGACUCUCUGGGGACGUGGAAUACUUCCGAGUUCCUUCUUGUUCGUUUACCCAUUCCGAGAUAUGCUGUUACCGAGGAGUGAAGAAUUCGAUUUGGGUCGCUUUUAUGUGGGUUUUAUCUGUUGAAUUUCUAUUAGACGAAUCAUGAUAUCGAGACUCCGAUUUCGGAGAAGACCAAUUUAUAGGAACGUCUUCCAUUUCAAGUGCUUGUCGUCGUUUUAUCAUCAACGUUUGGAACCUAAUAAACUCCAGGACUGUUAC